UGAGUUAGAAUAUUAGGUGCUAAAAACGUUGACUGGCCCACAAUUCUUGUUUCUCAACCAAUUCCUCUCCAGUUGAUCAUCAGGUGUUCUCGAGUCCGAUAGCUAACCCAGUAGUCUGAUAGUGAUACUGCGAACUACCCUCUGGUGUCAGGUGUAGCUAUGCGCAGCCUACAGCUAGGCAGUAUCAUGGCAUACCUACUACUGUAUCUGGCUCCAUUGCUGCUGCUGCUGCUGGUGAUGACGGUGAACUGUGGACAGGCUAUGGCCACACCAACACCAGUGGUGCCGGAUGAUGGCGAUACACCAGCUACGAUGGUCACUGAAGACACCAGCUGCAUGACGGAAUGGCUACUGAUUGCCAACUCCAGUCGUGCAAGAGCUGUCACCAUUCCCAACACACCAGCUGCCAUUCAAGCAAUGUUAGAUGAGAAGGUUGUCAAGCACCAAGAGCAAUUCUUCUUAAGUCUCCUCUUGGGAUACGCUCCGCAGCUUGCAGCAGACCUCAAACACUGCAUCCAUCGAACGCCAGAGUGCCCCACAGCUGACUUAACAAGGCGUCUACCUUGCUCAGUCUCUGGAGAAUGUGUGUUCAACACUACACAGCAAUUUGCUAAUUGUGUUUGUCCAGCUGGACUGACUGGAAGGAGGUGUGAUGCAGACAUAGAUGAGUGUAGUCAACCAGACUUGAACAACUGUGACCAACCAGCUGUAGCAUUUUGCAUUAACAGUUAUGGAUCAUUUGGGUGUGAGUGCAACACGGGAUUCAAAGCCGAUGGACGCUUGUGUAAUGUUUUCCUCUAUGAUAACUGA